AUGGCGCGCUGUGCGGCGCGGGGCAGCUGGCACAAACCGCGACGCGGGGCGCCUGGCACAAACCGCGUUGCCGGGCGCCUGGCACAAACCGCGGCGCCGGGCGGCUGGCACAAACCUUAUUGCGGGGCGGCUGGCACAAACUGCAGCGCGGGGCGGCUGGCACAAACCGCGUUGCGGGGCGGCUGGCACAAACCGCGGCACCAGGCGGCUGGCACAAACCGCGUUGCGGGGCGCCCGGCACAAACUGCAGCGCGGGGCGGCUGGCACAAACCGCGUUGGGGGGCGCCUAGCACAAACCGCGGCGCCGGGGCCGCGGCCGGACAGCAGAGGACUUGGGGGCCAGCAAGCACCCCUAGGGCACGGGAAAAGCCUCUGCCACCUGCCCGGCUUCAUCCUGCCCCACUCCAGGCCCAGCCGCCCCAGCCCCCGGCUGCAUCAAGUGGAGAAGGAGGGUGGCACCGUGGGCCUGGGCCGUGCCCUCCAUGCCCGGGAGAUGAAGACAUUGCUACCACGGACAGCCCGUGCCAGCCGCAGCCCCUGAGUCAGGCUCUCCCUCAGUUGCCGGCUUCAGUGUCAGAGCCCUUGGAGCCUAGCCGGGCCAAGGGGGUGGAGAGUUAUCUGUCCUGUCGCGUGCUGUCCUACCACCGUCCAGGAGCACCUAGUGAGGCCUCGGCGGGGAGUGGGACCCCCAGAGCCACAGCUAAUUCCACCACAGCCAGCCCCCUGCCAGAGGGCUUUGGUGGGCAGGAUGGCAGGGAGCUGCCGCCACUGCAGAGUGAGGGUGCUGCAGCGCUGGUCACCAAGGGGUGCCAGCGACUAGCAGCCCAGGGCUCCUGGCCUGAGGCUCCCAAACGGAAAUGGGCAGAGGCUGGUGGGGAUGCCCCUGCACCCAGCAAGCAGCCCUGGGCCAGGCAGGAGAACCAGGAGUUGGAGGCGGGGGGCUGCAGCAGUGGCAGUGGUGAGGGCAGCGCUGGGCUGAGGGAGGAGGUGCUGCCCUCUGCGCCUGAGCGCCUGGCCCUGGACUAUAUUGUGCCCUGCAUGUGGUACUACAGCAUCUGCGUCAAGGACAACUUCCUGGGGGCGGCACUGGGCAGCCGCGUGCUGGCAGAGGUGGAGGCCCUGAAGCGGGGAGGACUCCUGCCUGAUGGGCAGCUAGUAAGUCAGCAGGCUAUCCUGCCACGCAGCAUCCGUGAGGACCAGAUUGCCUGGGUGGAAGGCCAUGAGCUGGGCUGCCAAAGCAUAGGUGCCCUCAUGGCCCACGUGGAUGCUGUAAUCUGCCACUGUGCUGGGAGGCUGGGCAGCUGUGUCAUCAACGGGGGCACCAAAGCCAUGGUGGCAUGUUACCCAGGCAACAGGCUGGGGUACAUGAGACAUGUCGACAACCCCCAUGGCGAUGGGCGCUGCAUCACCUGUAUCUAUUACCUGAACCAGAACUGGGACGUCAAUGUGCAUGGCGGCCUGCUGCCGAUAUUCCCUGAGGGCCGGCCCCUGGUAGUCAACAUCGAACCACUCUUUGACCACCUGCUCAUGUUCUGGUCUGAUCGGCGGAACCCUCAUGAGGUGAAGCCAGCCUAUACCACCAGGUAUGCCAUCACUGUCUGGUAUUUUGAUGCCAAGAAGCAGAAAAGAGCAGCAGCCAAAGACAAGUAUAAACUAGCAUCAGGACAGAAAGUUGUCCAUGUACCUGUAUCACAGCCGACCACGCCUACCUAGUGGCCAGCCCCAGAGCUGCAUGGACAGACAGCUUGCUGUGACUUCAAGAGAGCCUUGGCCUUCUGCUUCCCUGCCAGCAGCCCACCAGUCUCGGUGCCUGUUCCUUCCCUGCCACUGCGGCUGCUUCUGACUUUGCCUCUGUCCUGCCUGGUGUGGAGGGCUCCGUCCAUCACUGAGGACCGAGGAGGAGGAGAGACUUCUGCUGCCCUGGGUUGGGGGCUGGGGUUAUGACCUGGGCAGGGGCCAGUGUUGAGGGCUACCAUUACUGGAUUCGGGGGCCUGUGUCCUGCUCUGUCUGGUCGUGCCCCUCUCAGGUUUGGAGAGCUGGAAGGAGGCAUUGCCACCUCCCACCAGGAUGCAGGAUUUGGGGUUGGGGUAAGUCAUGGCCUCUUGCUGGCAAAUGUUUGUGGGGGGAGUAUCCCCGAGCCCCCCACUCCUCCAGCCUGGAAUAUGAAGUGACUCCCCAACACCUUUGGCCGUGGCACCUUUUGAACUUGGCUGCUGCUGCUUGGGCAGAAUCAAAGAUGCUGGGAGGAGCAUGGGUGUGAAAGUCUUGUCAGCCAAGAAAAUAAAAGAAGGAAAGAAAGAAAGAAAAGAAAAAAUCUAUGAUUUUCUGUUCUAAAAACUAGAUGCCACAAAACUCAAAUGGGUUGUUACAUCAAAAGAUCUUAAUUAUUUUUCAUUGACUAACUGUUCAGA